CAACUACAUACAAGAUAGAAACACUUGUGAGAUUUAACCACCACAUCUUGGAAUACUCCAGCCACCAGCAAGCGCGCAGUCGCGCCCAAAGAGCCGUUUUGGAUGGUGUGAUUCGUUGAAGAUUAUUUGUUGGUGUGUCGAGGUGGACCGCUGUAGAGCAAACUGGAGAACUGGACGUCGAGUAUUAUAUCUAGUCUCUCGCUCGUCACCGCCUAAGGAAAUUGGAAAGUUAUUCACGCGCGGACGUAUAUAUUUAAUACAGAAGCAUAUCAUCGGAGUUGAUAAAAGAUAAUAAUUAAUCCUUGAGGAAGUAUGGAAGUUAUUUCAACGAGUAAAUAUGAUGCAACAUCAUCGUCAAAGACUUUGGCACCAGCAAAGCCGACGUCUACGACGGCACCCAAUAUUGUCACACAUUACACUGACAUGUUUAUUCAAAAUCCAGAAAAUUCUACAGCCAAAGUAAUAGAAGAAGAAUGGGAAACACGAAAGAAAAAAGAAAUAACGACAACUCGCCAAAUAGAGACAAGAAUAAAACGUCAAGUGGUUUUGGAGGACGGCGAGGUCAUCAAGGAUUCUGGGCCGUUUGUUACCACCAACACAACUGAGGACAUUGAACAGCAAGAGCAAACAACUCAGGAGAAAAGGACUAUAGCAAAUGAUGAUAAUUCAUUAUCACGUCGACGUGAGCGGUCUAAAUCACCGUCAAUAUCAACAAAUUUAAACGGAAAUAUCACACUUACGAGUGAUAAAAUUAUUAGUGAUGGUGGUGGGGGAAGUAUUAUUCAAAAAGAACUCAACGAAACGAUUGUUAAAAGUCGAGAAGAAGUUGAAGAAUUGGUUGAAACAGAAAAACGACAACAUCUUGGUGAUAUAUCUGAUGAAGCCUACCAAUUAGCAAUAAUACGAAAUAAUAAUAAUAGUCGUAAAAAUUUACGAAUGACUUUGGCUGAAACAGUUAAUCAGUUAUCAGUAAACUCUUCAGAGCAUAUCGAACCACGGAUUAUUCAACACACGACUAAAUCGAAUAAAAUUGUCGAUACAGAAAAAAAAAUAAAACGAACGGGGAUAAAACCGGACGGCGCGAUUGUUACGGAAACAAAGACAAGCGUUACGCACGAAGAAAUUAACGAUGUUCCGGACUAUUCAUAUUCAGACAGGAAUGACGAUAAUGAUGACACGCCGCGAGAAACAAAAAAAGAGAGCUCGCAAAAAUUCUUUAAACAACGCGAUGAAGAUGUUGUUGAUUAUUUAUUAAACGGAGAAAAAAUAGCUCGAGAGCGGCGUUUUAUUUCUGAAAUCACAGAGGGAGACAGGAUUGGUGAUCCUUAUGAUGACAAUAUCAGAACGACAUUAAAUCGAAAAAAUGUUUUGACAAAAAAACCCUUGAGUUUUGAUGAAGAAGAUGAAGUUAAAAAAUUCGAAACAUCCAAGUGGUUGGAAAAUCAUUUUGGAAGUGAUCAUGGAAUGUCAUCUCAUAGUAGCAAAGACGAAAUAGUUCCCAGUAAUCAUAACGAUAACAAUCGUCAAGUUCAAGUUCAAACAAUAAAUAAUAAAAGUUUUAUAAAUGUCACUAUGAAAUCAUCAAAAUCUCAAGAUUCUAAAAAUAAUAAUAAAAGUAAGGACACAUAUAUUAAUACUUACAUCGAUAAAAGUUAUAGUGAACUUGAUCAACCUGUGCGGUCAUCAAAUAAACAACAAAAUGAAAGAAUAAGUAACUGGUCCGAAAGAAAGCAGCAACACAAUAUUUCAGAUAAACAAAAUGUAAAUGGUAAUUCUCCAUCAUCAUUAUUAUCAUUGUCAUCGUCUUCUACUACAACAUCAUCGUACUGUAGAAUUGAAACUCCACAAAUAAACGGCGGAGAGAAGGAACAAUUAGAGCAACAGGAAAAUUUACCACCGCAACAAACAUUAUCGAAAAAAAUAUUUGAAGAUUCUUCAUAUGUUAGAACUUCGUCUUCUAAUGUCGCGCCCCAUUAUUACAGUGACAAUACUGAUAAACAUAAACAACUGCAACGAAAUACCUCAAAUUCUUCUUCAUCGUUGCAGCAGCGUUGUCAUUGUCAAAAUAGUAACAAAAAUCAUCAACAGAUUUCAGUAACAAACAGAUGCAAAUGUGUAACAGAUGAUUCAAAUUUAUCUUCGCCAUCACCACAGUUACCACCGCACUCAUCAUCAGCUCAUGUUAUUAAGAGAACAAGAGACAAUCGUAAUAAAAAAAUUUAUCACUAUCCACCCCAGCAGCAGCAACAGCAAAAACAAUAUCACUAUCACGGACAAUUUGAUAAUUUACAGCCGUCAGAAUUAUCCAACAAUAGUCCACAGCAAAAAUUUUGUUGCCAUCGUCGCCGAAAUCGUGAUCGACGUUGUCGCUCGUCAUCGCCGCCGUCACUUAUUAAAUUUUCAUCUGCACCAACAAUAAUAAAACGUGAAAAAAAAUCAUCAAAUAGUGAUAAUUUUAAGAAUUCGACGCCUAAUAUAUCAACAACGCGAAGCACUAAGUCUAAAAUUGGUGAAUCAUUCAGACGAUUUGUAAAUAAAUUACGAUCAGCGUCUACUGAAAGAAGGAAUAAAAAAUCGAGUGUUAAUGGUGGUGACAGUGGUGGCAACAGUGGUAUCAGUAAUUUUUCAAAUACAACAUCAGUUUCUCAAGUGACACAAACAGAUGAUAAUAAAAAUCAAAUGACAACAUACCUUCAAUACAAUUCAAUAGAUAAAAAUAUUCCCGAUACCCAAUAUCAUUACAAUCAAACCGGUGAUGAUGUACAUGACGCCAUUAUCAAUAACGGUGACAAUAAAUUAUCCCAAGAAAAACAAACUAAAAAUGGUUCUACCGUAAUAAGUAGUCCUGGUUCAGGAAUAACUAAAACUAUCAAAGUCACAAGAUUAAACGGUCAUAUUGCAAAUUAUGAUCAGUACGGACGAAAUAAUUCCAUAACUCCAGUCCACAGAUACUACAUCAAAGAAUCAUUCAGAGGACGACAAAAUACAGAUCGUGACACCGGUUACAAAAAUAAGUCUGCUACGAGAUCACGAAAACUUCAUGCUGUUAAUGAUGACAAUAAUAACAAUAAAAAUAAUAAUAUCAAUAACGACGAUGAAAUUAAUAAUUUUAAAAAUAAUAACAAUAAUAAUAAUGUUAAAUAUAAUCAAACAUUAUCAAGACCUAAUAACGAACCAUCAACAUUUCUUGGUCGAUUUAGCAAGUCUGCAAGUCGACUGAUGACGUCAACGCCGACUACGAAUGAAUAUGAUCAAAAAGACCGGCAAGUUACGAGCACGCAAACGUUACCUCGAAAAUUACAGCGUUAUUUAUUAGUUCGAAAUAAUAAUAAUAAUAAUAUUAACAAUAAUAAUAAUAAUAACAAUAACAGUUUGACGAAGAAAAAGCCACUGAAACCACCGGGAAAUCAAUUUUCAUCGAGUCAUAAUCAUUUGAAUUUCAUAAAAUCCUCGUCAUCGUCAUCGCCCUCGCCAACACAAUCAUUCGCUCCACUCUCGUCAAUGUCACCGUCCUCAAAUAAGUCAAUGCAUUAUGGCAGUAUGAUAAAUAUAUCUAUAAAACAUAAUGCACCUCCACAAACAAUAAGAGAGAACAAUACAGCUAUGAAGAUGACUGUUGGCAAUAAUACUGGAACGUUGCCAGUUAAACCUGACCGUUCUUAUAAAUCAUCAUUGUCACGAAGUAAAAGUUUUAAUGUUCUUGAAGACAAUACUACCGAUGGUUACAGUAAUAAAAAUUUUAUUGCUAGAAAUUAUUCACCGAGUAAAACAUAUAAAUCAAAUACACAAUUGCAUCGUUUAGAUGAAACACCAUCACCAUUAAAGAGUCCCAGUAUCCUUGCUAGCAUAAACCGUUACAGUGGCGCCGGUGACAAUAAAAAUUCUAAUUUUAAUUUAUAA